AUGGGGGAAUUACCUAUUGUGAUGCUAAUGACUCUUUUAUAUGGAGGUACAAUACAACCAGAUAUAUCGCACACAAAACCCGACAGUAACAGCUGGAGUUAUCAUGGAAAUUCAAACCCACAAAACUGGCACGAGACAUAUCCCAAAUGCAUUGGACCAAGACAAUCACCUAUUAAUAUCAACAUCGAGGAUGUCCGUCCCGUCAGUUGGCUGAAGCCUUUCGUUUUUUAUAAUUAUCCAUCAGAUUCAGCCACACAAGUAGCAGCAACACUUGUAAACAAUGGACACACUGCGAGUCUGGCCCUCGCCUCCAACUGGUUCAUAGGAGGCGGUAACCUUAAGGAGCGGUAUCAGGCUGCAGAGAUUCAUUUCCACUGGGGUGCAAUGGACGAAGGCGGGGCAGAGCACAGUAUCAACGGCUUCAAACACGCUAUGGAGAUCCAAAUGAUAUUCUUCGCUACCAAGUACGGGAACCUAACAAAUGCUAUGACACAUCACGAUGGACUCGCAAGCAUUGCCGUAUUUGCCGAUGUUUCGCCCGAAGAUAACCCUAUAUUUGAAGACCUUGUUGGAUCGCUUGAAACAGUAACUGAAUACGGGAGCACAUCCGAUCUCCUCUCCUUCCGAUUGACGGACUUUCUGCCACAAGAUCCCCAGGGUUAUUUCCACUACAUGGGAAGUUUGACCACCCCACCAUGCCACGGAAACGUCAUGUGGUAUGUGAUGAGUGACCGCAUAACGUUGUCUAGUCGACAGAUUGACGCUUUCAGGUCACUUCAAACUGGCGUCGGUGAGGUUGAAGCAGUGCAAAAUAUCAGGGACAACGUUCGUCCAGUACAGCCUAUUGUUGGUAGAACGAUAUUUAGCAGUAAACAGGUCAUUGUAGAGUCACCAGCAUCUCCUGCAGCCUAUCAUUCAAUCCAAAAGAGGGCAGUUGCAGGGGUCAUAAAACCUAAGUUCAGGUUAUCCGGUAAAAUCAGUGGCAAAUUCAGUUUUUCAAGGGGAAGAAAGAUUAUGUCGAGAAUUGCACCAGCAGUGAAAGAGCCAACAGAGCAACUGAGCGUUGGACAUUUUUUCGGUCAAAAGAAAUCUGUUUCAUCGAUGAACACCCAGGUGCAGCCGAUAGCAAAUAUUAAUCAAAAGUCUUCAAAUCAUAUAAUCCAACCAGCGAGCGGUGGUGGUGCGCCAUCAUGGAAGUCACCUCCUGCUUCCGCAGGUACCGCCUCCAAGAGCAGCUGGGCCUGGCCUGGGACUCAGACAGCAGAAUCCUGGUCUCCCGCAAAAAAAGAACCCAAUGUUCCCCCACCACCUCCAACAGAAUUAUCGAAAACAACAACCGAAAAUUUCAUAUUACAAUUCAAAGGCGCAAACAAGGCAGCAGCGAUGGACCUCACAAGUAAUGUACAGUUUGGUUCUAUUCACGGAAUUUCUGUUAAGCCACAAGAGGGUUCUGCAAGUGGUAAUACCAUUAGUAACACACCAAAAAUAGGAGGUACACCGAACGAGCCGAACAUGGAAUUUGGUGUUGACCCAGCGGUACAAGUUUCAAAAAUAGGCGGAGCAGAAACAGCUCCCCCAUUGACAAGACCAACAACAGCGGCCCAUGUUAAUCCUACAGUACCGACGACUAUGCCAGUUGUUGAGACAACUAUGCCACCGGCUACUCCGGACCCGUCUUUGGUUCAAGAGACCAGGUUUCCGGCAGUAGCUACUCUUCCAGCAAAUAGACAACAUAUUGCCUCCCAAACCACGGCCAGUCCCAUCAAUAACCACCAAUCGUGGCAAAUGACCGCGGCUGACCCUACCAACGGAGUACCAAUGCAUGAACCAACAGCUGUUCCUCCGACCACUGUACAAAGUCCACAAUCAACAACACGUGUCUGGCAAACCCGUGUCUCGGAGCCAGCUAUACAAGAAGCACCUCAACGACUUUGGCAAUCCGGUGUUGCCGAUCUAACUCAUAACCAACAGGCAAGAAAUUCACAAUCAUCUUGGCAGUCCGGAGGCUCUCAGGUAUCAGGUACAGUAGCAUCUAGAAAAGCAUGGCAUGCAAAUUCACAAGGACUAAAAGGAUGGCAGUCAGGAUUUAAACAGGCACCAGUAUUGACACAAAAGACUCCAACAAGACAAGAGUGGCAUCCUAUCUCAUCAGCAACAGGUUUCACGGCUGCCAGCAACACGCAAAUAGACAGACAACCAUCAUGGAAUCCUGGUCAAACUUCGCAGAAUCACCAGGCUCAAACUCAAUCACAAGCAAAGGAGACUGCACAAACCUGGUCCGGAAAUGCAAGAGUACCUGCAUCGACGCAAUCAGCUCCGAACCAGUCACCUACACCAUCAGGUAUACCUAAUAACUCCACCAUGGAGGACGCAGUUGGAUGGUUUGUAGCUCAGUUAAAAAGUGGCGCAUUUCAGGCAAAUUACAAACAGCUGUGGAAUCUUCUUGACUCAGCUAUAACACAAUACAAGAAGGAUACAGCAAAACCUGGUAUGAAAGAAAAGAUAAAUGAACUCAACGCCAAAUUACAAAAGCUCGGAGGACAAUUAAGGAAUUCAGUAACAUUAGCUCCUAAUCUACAAACAUAUAAUCAACAUAAAAACGGGCAGGCGCCAUUCGUGUCCUCACCUGAAAGUCCCCAGGCAGUGCAGUCAUUUGUUCAGCCUGGAAACCAAUAUGGUCAACAAAUGGAAAGAUAUCGCCAUCCAGAAGUUCCACAGCAGAGAUCAGCAUUAUAUCGAAAGCACGAUCCUCCCCGUUCACGUUAUAAUCAGGAUGUAAAAUCAGUCAACUCUAUGAAUAAAAUCGACAGAGGCGUAAAUGCUGGCUCCGCAUCGCUCAGCAAUCUUCACGGCCACAAGCCACAUGACACAAUCACCGUUCCACAGGACAUCACAGUGUUUACUCCGGUGAAUGGUGGAAAUCCACAAUCAACACCCGCCCCAAAACCACAGACGCUGGCAAACUCAAUGAUUAACCCACAAGAACAGCAUGUAUCCAGACAUGCUGAAUUCAACGUUGCACAACCUAACCAGGUACAACAGCAUGGAUUCGAACCUAAUGUUCCAGUUAAUGAGCCUUUCAGUACUGCUUACGAGCAAUUAACAACAAUGGCUACUCCUAUAACUACUGUUAAAGUCGUACGGAAGAAGCCGUCUUUUUCUGUCGGCAAAAGUAAAACGGCACACAGCUUCAAAAUGACAGGAGGUUCUAGAUUUUCAGCAAAAUCGUCGUUUUCUGCUCGUAAAGCUGUAUCAGCAUCAUCUUUUUCACCAAAAAGGAUGAACACUUGGUCUGGUUCUUCUGCCAAUCAAAAGAAGUUGGAAGAGCAGCGACUUCAGGAACAACAAUUGAAGGAACAGCAGGAACAGGCAAGAUUACAACAAGAACAGCGACGCCAAGAACAAAUUAGACUGCAGCAGGAACAACAACAGCAAGAGCAAUUAAGGUUACAGCAAGAGCAACUACAGCAAGAACAAUUAAGAAUGCAACAGCAGGAACAGCAACGUCAAGAACAAAUGAGAAUACAACAAGAACAGAUGCAGCAAGAACAAUUAAGAUUACAGGAACAGCAGCGUCAAGAACAAAUUAUGCUACAGCAAGAACAGCAACGACAAGAACAAUUGAGAUUACAGCAAGAACAACAAGAAAAGCUGCGAUUACAGCAAGAGCAACAGCGUCAGGAACAACUGAGAUUACAACAACAAGAACAGCAGCGUCAAGAACAAAUGAGAUUACAGCAAGAACAACAACAGCGUCAAGAACAAAUGAGAUUACAAUCCCAAGGACAACAUUUCCCAAAUCAACAGCAACAGCAUAUGUUUAAUCCUACACACGAUCCUUUCCAAUCGCAGCAACAAUUCCCACAACAUAACCAGAUGCAACAUCAAUUUAAGGAGGUGGCCCAACAACAACAACAACAACAUCAGCAACAAUUACCACAACAACAACAACAUCAGCAACAAUUACAACAACAACAACAUCAGCAACAACUACCACAGCAACAACAUCAGCAACAAUUACCACAGCAACAACAUCAGCAACAACUACAACAACAUCAGCAACAAUUACCACAACAACAACAUCAGCAACAAUUACCACAACAUCACCAGCAGCCUCAACAAAAUCAGCAAUCACCACCUCAACAACAGUCGCCACCACAACAACAACAACACAUGAAUCCGAUGGAUACUUUCCAAAUUCAACCGCAGCAAGCUCAGCCGUAUCAAAACCAGCAACAUCAGCAACAUUUCAUGGAAACACCUCCUGCCGAACCUGCUCAUCAAUUUGGACCUUCGGGUAGAAUUAACGUUCCUACGCCUGCACAUGGAUCAAUUUUGGACCAAGCGUUAGGUGUAAAUCCGACACAACCUAUUCCCAAAGUCAAUCAUGGAGGGAAUGCUAACACUAACAGCAUUGUCCCAAGCAAAGGCCCAGAGGUCGCUCCAUUUGGUCAGCAUCAACCACAGGUGAAUGCUUGGGCUCCAGGUGCAUGGGUGGAUCCUAUUCCUGCAGGUCAACAGGCAUCUAAUCCACAACACGGUGUCGGUACAAUGCCCAUGCAGGCUCAGCAUUCCACUUUUAACCCGUUUGGUGUCCAGGACCCAUUCCAACAUAAUGCAGGGCCAACGGUCCCUCGACAUGAAUUUAUGCAGGCACCAACCAAAGUCGCUAAAGCUCCAGGCUUCCGUCGUAACGCGAGAGUACAGAGUACGGCUUCUGUUAUGCAAGCUAGUCACCAGCAAAUGCAUGCGCGUGCAUUUGAUAGACCGCCUUCAACAACUGUGGCCCCAGCGGCAAAGGCUGUAGAUUUCUGGAAUCAGCCAAUGAUCACGCAGAGAAUACCAACACCUGCUGUAACCCAAAUGCCAACCACAUUCGCCCCACCACCUACCCAUGCUCCGAUACCGUCAUCCCGAUGGGCACCUAUGGUACCACAAUCUCCACCACCCAGGAGACCCACAGUGCCCGUCACUCAAUUAGCCAAGCCGGUGACGUCCCAGAAACCAAAACCAAAGCCUAAACCAAAACCUAAAGGAAGGAAAUCCAAACCAAGAAGAAAUAAGAAAAGGUUUGGCUUGUCAAAAUUACUUGCAGGGUUUGGACCAAAGCUGCGCGUGGAAGGUUAA